AUGACUAUCAAAUCUAUUGCAAUUAUCGGUGGUGGGCCUAGUGGACUUAUCACUUUGGAUGCGUUGAUACGCGAAAAAAAGUUUGACAAUAUUAGACUUUUCGAAAGAAGGGAUCAAGCAGGUGGCUGCUGGGUAUUUGAUGACAAACCUCCAGAAAAAUUGCCAGAAAUCCAAAAGCUAAGCAAUAGGACAGCUGAUGAACCUGCACCAAUUCCUGGGACGUUACCUAGAUAUGCUCCUAAGACGAGUAAGCAAAGAUUCCUUGAUACUGCUACAUACUCAUAUUUAGAAUCAAAUGUUGAAGCUACCACUAUGGAGUAUUCAGAAGAGCCAUUUCCUGCUGGAGGAAGCGAUGUUUCUAUUGAAAAAUAUGGGAAGGAGACUCCUUUUAGACAUAAUACAAUAAUUAAAGGGUGGCUCCAUGAUCUAUAUAAAAGAAAGGGAUACGACCAUCACGUCGAGUUUGAUACUUCUGUGGAAUUAGUUUCCAAAAAUGAAGCUACUGAUAAGUGGGAAGUGACUUUAAGACGGUUUGGUAAAAAGUAUGAUUAUGUAUGGACCGAAAGCUUUGAUGCUGUUGUAGUAGCAACUGGCCAUUAUGACGUUCCAUACGUUCCUAACAUACCUGGCUUGCAGCAGUUCUAUGAUAAUCCAAAAAAUACUGUUAUUCAUACUAAGGCUUAUAGGUCAAGGGAGCAUUUUAGGAAUAAGAAAACGAUCGUUGUUGGUGCUUCGGUUUCUGCAAUGGAUGCUAUUCAAGAUAUUCUACAAAUAUCUGAUCGUAAGAUUAUUUCUUCCCAGAAGAAAACAAGUCAACCUCACCCUUAUUUUGGAUCUGCUGCUUUUGAGCAUCCAUUGGUAGAAAAGCACGGUGAAAUCACUAAAAUUGAUAAUGAAAAAG